CACAUCACGUAACAUACACUGCUCGCUGGUGCCCGCAUCUUGAAAAGGCAUAUUAUUCACACACUUUGCAAGUCAACGGCCCGAGCUGCAGAUCCGUGGCUUCUGUUCAAGCAUACAAAUGACAGUGUCAUCACAUAGAAAUGGACUCAUCUUCCACGUCGUAUUCAUUGCUUCUGUUUUUGACUGCUACUUCACUAGCCCAGUUGUCCACGGCAUGCUUCCUCGCAGAGCUGGCUCUGGGGAAGCAAAACGGGUCGUUCUCAUUGUGGGAGACGGUCUACGCGCAGACCUUCUAUUUGGUGUGAACGCGUUCUCUUUUAUUCCUUCCUCACCAAAGAUUGUAGCGCCUUAUUUGCGUGAUAUUAUUCAAACACGAGGGGCGUUUGGAUUGUCGCACACUCGAGUACCAACGGAAAGUCGACCUGGGCAUGUCGCAAUCAUCGGGGGAAUGUAUGAGGAUGUCUCUGCUGUGACCAAGGGCUGGAAAACGAAUCCAGUUCACUUUGACUCCAUCUUCAAUCAAUCUAGUCACACCUUCUCCUUCGGUUCCCCAGACAUAUUACCAAUGUUUUCCCAAGGCGCAACUCCCGGAAAAGUUGACACUUGGAGCUACGAUGAGGAGGACGAAGACUUUACGAAAGAUGCCACCGCUCUAGAUACCUGGGUUUUGGACCAACUUCAGACGUUAUUUCAGAACGCAUCAUCGAACGACUUGCUUGAUUCAGAAUUACGUGCUGACAAGGUGGUAUUCUUUCUGCACCUCCUUGGUCUGGAUACCACUGGUCACUCAUAUAGGCCACACUCCAAGGAAUACAUGAACAAUAUCCAAGUCGUCGAUCGCAUCGUCCAACAAACAGAAGAACUUUUCUCCGACUUCUACCACGACGAAGAGACAAGCUUCGUAUUUACAGCUGACCACGGCAUGUCUAAGAUCGGCAACCAUGGUGAUGGCGACCCGGACAACACGCGUACCCCACUAAUUGCAUGGGGGCGAGGCAUUAGGGGCCCAAUGCCUGACAUCAUUCCUUCUUCGCACGAUGAGUACUCUCGGCUCUGGCAACUUGACGACUUCUUGCGACGAGACGUGGAACAAGCGGAUAUUGCACCCCUGAUGGCUGCGCUGCUUGGUAUUAACUACCCUGUAAAUUCAGUAGGAAUUCUCCCUGAUGCAGACCCUACGCGACCUGGCUACUUACUACCGCGAGAAGGAGAGUCAGCCUUGGCCCAGCUUGCAUUGGCAAAUGCAGAAAGUAUUUUAGAACACUACCGAGUCAAACACGAAUCGAAGGCCGUACAAACCAUUCUAUACAAAGCUUUCGAGCCUUUAGAAGAAGUCACUCAAGACGGGAAGCCUUCAAGAGUAUCCUGGUUGUCCAAAAUAGAACGUUUGAUCAGUGAUGGAGGAUGGUUCGAAGCCCGUCGAGAGACAGCUGAACUCAUCAAGGUCACUCUACAAGGUCUUCGAUAUCUCGAAACCUAUAACCGAGUACUUAUACGGACCAUCGUCGUAAUAGCAUAUCUGGGAUGGUCUGCUUAUGCAUCGUUGUCAAUUUUUCCCCCACCAGCUCCCUUGGUUUCAGACAGGCAGCGUACCGUGGUCAUACUUGCCACCACAACCAUACUAGCAACAUUUUGGGCACUGUUUGCUGCAGAGAGAGCUCCAUGGACGUUUUAUGUCUAUGUGACUUUCCCCUGCUACUUCUGGCAGCAAUUCGCACUGCGUGGAGUUCCAAUUGUUGUACAACAAUUCAAGUCGAAGGACAGACGCGGACCUUUUGUAAUUAGAGUGUUGCUUCACUUGGUUAUUGUGGUGGUUGUGCUCCAGUGUAUGGUCGCUGCCUACACUCAUCGGUCGCUGUGGAGCAUUGGUUUUGUGGUUAUGGGUAUUUUAUGGCCGUAUGCAUCAUGGCCAAGUCACGUUCGGUCGCAACACCCGAGACUCUUACUUUCCUGGAUGAGUAGCUGUCUUGUAACUAGCAUAUUCCCCCUACUCAGCGUUAACAAGAGAGAGGAUUUGUACAUGAUCAUGUGCGGAGGGGCAAUGAUUAUUAUAGUUGCCGCAGGUUGUACGCGUUUGGCGUUGAACGGUGCUCCGAAAGCCGCAAAACUAUCUGAGAUCACCCAGGUGUUGUUUAUCUUGCUCGCCAUGACCAUUACUGCAAGCUCAGUGAAGAGUUUACAAGCAAAGCAGGGAUUGUCCAUCAUUAACCAAUCUUCAGCAUGGCUCAUACUCGCUGUAUCGUCGGCAUUCCCAUUCAUCUCUAAAGCACAGCACAGCACUCCAACCUCAAGAAUCAUAUCGCUUUUCCUGGGCUUCGGCGUCUGUUUCGUCAUUCUUUCGAUCAAAGUCGAAACGAUCGUCCAGUCAACUCGAGCUAGGGCCGCUUCGCAGAAUCAAGGAUACGAGUUUCACACUGACCAUAUCAGAAUCACUCUUUUUCUUGUUUUUUCAUCGUUCUACUUGGAACCUGUGUACCGUCUGGUGCCAAUUUUUAAUCCAUUCUUGAUGGCAGCGUUACUGGUGGAUAUUCAAAAUUGUCGCUCCAUAUGUGAUCUUAUCAGCUUUUUUGCCACUUUAAAUGCAAGACUCCACCUACCACCCUUCUCGCUAUUCCUCGUGGCUCUGACACUCACUGAUGGUGCGUUGUUCCUUUUGACCUGCACGAUCACUAAUAUCUAG